AUGGAGCUCUCGCCGCCGAGCUAUUUGAACAUUUCGAGCGCUGGGGAGCAGCUGGAAGACAGCCCCAUGGACCGCGUGUGUCGGGAGCUGAAAGACAUGGUGGAAGUGGAUGAUGGUCCCUCAGAGGUAAAGGCGUUGAUCUGCGCCCCGAAAGAGGAGGGUGGGAAAAACCGAAGGUGGUGUUGGGUGCUGGGAGCAGUGACAGCUGCCAUCGUGUGCGCCGUAGCCCUUUUAGGCUUUUCAUGGCCGGAUCGGGAAGCCGAUCGGAUUGCGCAGCUGAAAGACUCCAUCGAAGACUGGGAACAAAUUCCAGGCAUCGACGAUGUGAUCGCGCACGCCCAGACAUUGGAAUUGAAACAGCCACUACGUCGUUUGGACGACCUCUUCUACGAUUCGCAGCCGUCAGAAAAGCCAUGGAUCCGCACAGAGUGCGUGAUCGACGUGGUCCAAGCCGCUGCGUAUCUGGGACAGGCCGUGGUCUUCCUCUACAAGGCCAUCAAGUACGACGGGCUCAGGUGUCCAGACAACAGCCCAUCAGGUUGCGCUGCCAGCGUGGCCGGCUUCAUCACUUCUAUCACUUGGAUCGCGUCCUACCUGUCCUUCGCAGCCUCCGCCUGUCACAUCGCCGUGAAGCCUGACGCGCUCUGCGCAGGCGACUGGACGGCGUUGAUGGCCAACUUUGGGGAGAUGGCCACGGUAGGCGCUGCGGUGAAGGAGGACUGCGACUUCGGCAAGGAUUGGCUGAAAGUUCUCAGCAUCACCGAUGAUGAUUCCAUGCCGCAUACGUAUUGGAAGAACUUCGUCCCCUCGCUGAAUUCUGGGAAAGCCGAUACCCUGAUCCACUGGGACCAUUUCAACACGGUGCAGCGGAAUCGGAACUUCGACAUCACGCAGUGUGUUAUGGACGUCACCAACAGCGCCUCCUACAUCGUCCGUGCCAUCCUACAGCUGCGCAGCGCGGCGUUCGCGUGUCCACAGCCAAGAGCUUGCGCCAUCGGUAUCAUGAAUAUCAUCUCCUCCUUCGCGUGGAUCUCCCAGUUCACCGCCCUGGCAGUGUCUGACUGCUCCAAAUAUGAGAAGCAGAAGGCACUCUGCACGGCCGACAUUAGCGACAUGGUGGCGGCCCUGACCAACGGCCCCGCCGCGGGAAUUGCCACAACUUCGGACUGUGCGGACUUGCCAGUGCCGGAAGAUGAGAUUCAUCAUACACCGAUGGCCUAA